UGAGGACUCACAGCACUACGAUGCAUGCUAACAUAGGCAACUAGACAAGAAGGUUCUCGAGUCUUGAAGGGGCCCAUUAUAGCUGUUUCGCUUUCCCUCGAAGCUUUCUUUAGUUUUCUUUCUUGCAGAAACCUCUGGAAAGAGAAGCCAUACAGACAUCGAUCCAGGCUGUGAUAUUUGUUGAAAAUGAGGGGAAGAAGCUACGAUUACAGUCCCUCACCCCCAAGGGGUUAUGGGAGGAGACAUAGGAAUCCUAGCCCUAGGGGUCGGGAUGGAGGUCGUGGUAGGGAUCUUCCUACUAGUCUCUUGGUCCGCAAUCUCCGUCAUGAUUGCAGGCCUGAAGAUCUUCGUGGACUUUUUGGACGGUUUGGUCAGCUAAAGGACAUUUACUUGCCCCGAGACUAUUAUACUGGGGAGCCACGUGGCUUUGGAUUUGUCCAAUAUUUAGAAUCAGCUGAUGCUGCAGAUGCUAAGCACCAUUUGGAUGGUGAAAUUCUUCUUGGCCAGGAACUGACAGUUGUUUUUGCCGAGGAAAAUAGGAAGAAGCCUGCAGAAAUGAGGCAAAGAGAUCGUGUGAGGGGUGGUCGGUACUAUGACCAAAGGCGCUCUCCAUCGCCGCUCUAUGGACGGAGUUACUCUCAUAGUCCUGUCUAUUAUUCUCCUUCCCCCAGGAGAAGACAUUAUUCAAGAUCAAUUUCUCCUAGAGAUAGGAGCCCCUACUCAAGGUCCCCACAUGGUUCAAGGAGCUACAGCAGGAGCCCAGUUAGGAGUUGGUCUCCUUAUGGUUCAAGGAGCAGGAGCCGGAGCCUAGAGGACUCCAGGUGAUUAGUAGUAACAUUGUACGCUGUGAAGGCCUACCGUGAGUUAAUAGUGGAGAUUAAUGAUGUAUCAUCAUGAGCUGAUUGUGGGUCAAUUAGAUAGUAUGAUGUUUAGAGGAUGUGUCGUGUUAAUUCAGUUCUUGCACUGUUUACUGCUGAUGGUUUAUGAAUAUGAGAUGUGGUAUGCCAAAGCUUUUAUGAUUUGUCUA